AUGAAUGCGCAAAACUUAUUGAUGGACAAAAUGAGGCUAAUUGUUGCUGAGAGGACACGUCAGAUAGUGACGUAUCGUCAUGAGAGGAUGGAUAUGUUGAGCUCGGCUCAUUCAGCUGUUACUCAUCAGGGAAUUAAUUUUAUCGCACCAACAGCCCACGAUGCAGAAGCAUAUUGCUUUUUAGUCGAAAAAGAAAUAUUCGAAAGUGCACUCAAGAAAUUAACGUUAUGUAAACGAAACAGUAUAGCAUUAGAGAAUGUACACUGUAAUAGGAAUAAGAAAGAGGCAAACAAAGAAACGCAAAGAUAUGGUGGCAAUACGGAGCAGAUCAAUGUUUAUUGUGAUUAA